GGGCUCUCCGUACCAGUAGUCCAUUGAUUUUUCAACUCUUCCAUCUGGUGUCUGUCUCUUUGACAUCGAUUGGACGAUUGCUGAAGGUGUAGGAGAAAGUUGAAUGCAUGGAUGCCAAUAGUUGGAGAGCGGCGCAACCUCUGGCUCAGUCUCAGGGUGGUGAAGCCGCAGGCAUAGCAGCCAGUGGGGCUGCUCCUGCUUCCGGAUCCAUGGAGACCGGCGAUUGGCGGGCUCAACUGCCGCACGAUUCCAGGCAAAGGAUUGUCAGCAAGAUAAUGGAUACUUUAAAGAAGCACCUCCCAUUUUCUGGACAAGAGGGACUGCAGGAACUUAAGAAAAUUGCAGUGAGAUUUGAGGAAAAAAUUUAUGCUGCUGCCAUAAACCAGAAUGACCUUAUUGUCACUAAGGCGUUCUACCGUGCAUGAUUUUGAAUCGAAGGUCACACGGUUUCCCUUGUCACAUAAUUGACUUAUGCUCAAGAGAUUGUGUUUAAGACCCUUAACAAGCAAGACAUUAUCUAUAGAGGAGUCUUCGGACUUACCUACCGAACCGAUGCCUAUAAUCUUUCCCUUGCUAUUAUCUCCGAAGACUACGUUUCCU